CUUUAUUAUAAUAAAUUGUAUUUUUUAAGUUUUGAUUUGAUGAACAAUCAAAUUAUAAUUAUAAAACGCCACAGUGACACAAUCUCUCACGCGACGUUUGAAAGCCGCUUCCCGAAAUUCUUAUUGUUUUUUUUUAUCUUCAUUUCUUUAAACAUGGAAUACAUUUGUUCCAUAUGUACCAAUGCACUAGACGUGAUAACCGAAACACCUGCUUUCCUUCCUUGCGGGCACACAUUCCAUAAAUCUUGUGCCAGAACAUGGAUUGAAAUGGCGAGAAAAUGUCCGUUCUGCCAAAAGAGUACAGAAAAAAGUGACGUCCGGUCUUUGUUCUUGUCGGGAGAGCCAGCUACAAACUGUGGUUUCGAUUUGAAGAAUAUUAUCCUUCAUACCAAAUUGAAACUCCAGGAGGCCGAAGAAGAUAUAAAACAAUACAAAGAAGAAAAUAGAUAUUUGGGGGCAAUUGUUGAUGUUUACAAAAUAGUGGCAACUAGAUUGACAAAAGAAGAAAAACUACAAGGGAGACACAGUGAAGUUAGAAAAAAGCUGGAAUUGGAAUUGGAGACGUCUCAAAAGAAAAAUGUAAAGCAGGCAGAACUCAUUAAAAUAUUGCAUCAUCAAGUGGGCACAGCACAGAAAAAAGAACGCGAACUAUUGACCUUUGUCAACGAGUUAACCAGUUAUAAAUCGUUUGUAUUGAGCACUUUCGUUGUUCAGCACAUCAUUAUAGCUACUUGCAUAGGAAUGCAGUUACUCCCUCUAUUGGUCGAUAAUUUUAGAAAGCAAUUUAUUAAACAAAUCUUUAAUAUUGUGCGAUGACAAAUAAACUUUUUUUCUGCGUAAAAGAAGACAAGUUCAAAUCUUCUACUGCAGUAUGUACUUCUCCCGUGA